AUGGGUUUGCGUGAACUCAUCUUGCCCGCGGCACUUUGCGUGGGUGCCGUCAAUGCCCAAAACAUACCUUCUGGAGCAGUCUCUUCUCAUGUUGCUUCCUCUGGCUUUCCAACCUCUGUCUUCUCCUCUUACUGGGUGAAGCCUGUCGCUACAGCAGAGCCUCAGCCUGCUCUAUAUGAUCCAAUUCUGAACAUCACGUUCCCUCUGAAUCUGACCUCUCCCAACACAAUUCCGCAGGAAGAUAAUGAUCCCGUCUAUUAUGCUCCUCCAAUCGCUAACCUCACGCUCGCUGGAAAGGAAGCUGUAGUCAAGAGCGUUAUUUCUCAAGUCGAGGAGAUCGUCGUUAGUAGUCAAUUCACCACCAACUGCUCGAAAUGUAUUGCUGGCUUGACAGUUGCAAAGACUGCAGCUCAAUUGGCACCUGAGUUGGUACCUGAUGCCAUGGUUUCGCUUUGCAAGCAGUUCAAACUCCAUAACAAUGAGACCUGCGAGGAAGACUUUGAGGCCACUACCUUCGGAGCUAUCUGGACGCAGAUUCUGGCUUUGGCCGAUGUGUCUGGCUUGGACGGUCAGUAUAUCUGCAACAGAAUAUCUAGCAACUUCUGCUCCAUGCCAACUACCAGUCCGCUGAACACUACUGGACUCUUCCCCAAGCCAAAGCCAAGCAACUACACCAUUCCUAAGGCUAGCGGCAAUCGAAUCAAAGUGCUUCAUAUGUCUGAUAUCCACUUGGAUCCUCGUUAUGCUGUUGGAAGUGAGGCUAACUGCACAUCUGGUUUGUGCUGCCGUGCCAACAACUUCAACACUGCUCUCCCCACUGGUGAGAUCUCUCUUCCCGCGCCAUAUUACGGAGACUUCAAGUGUGACAGUCCCUACGGCUUGGUUCUCUCAGCUAUGGACUCUAUUGCUCCCCUCACUGGUACCAGCAAACAGAAUCCAUUCGGUUUCAGUAUCUACACUGGAGACUUGGUCAGUCACGAAAGUCAGAACGAACUCUCUAGAGCCUAUGUCGAGUAUGCAGAGCUAUCCAUCUACGACAUGCUCAAGAAAUUCAUGGGCAAAGCACCAGUCUAUGCAGUCCUGGGCAACCACGACACCAAUCCUGAAGCAGUCGAUGCUCCCCACAGUCUUCCCGGAGAACUAGGCAUGCAGAUGUCCUGGAACUUUGAUCACGUAGCUGGACUCUGGCAUGAAGAAGACUGGUUGAAUGCAACAGCUGCAAAGCAAGCUCGUCUGCACUACGGCGCUUACUCCGUCAAAACACCCCAAGGCCUGCGUAUCAUCACCUUCAACACUGAUUUCUGGUACAAGUCCAACUUUCUAAACUUGAUUGACACACUCAAUCCAGACAAAUCCGGUAUGUUCGCUUGGAUGAUCCGAGAACUGCAAGCGGCAGAGGAUGCAAACGAACGCGUGUGGAUCUUGGGACAUGUGCUCAGUGGCUGGGAUGGCACUAACCCCAUGCCCAACCCCACAAACCUGUUCUACCAAAUCGUUGACCGUUACUCUCCGCAUGUAAUCGCCAAUGUGUUUUUCGGCCACACGCAUGAGGACUUUGCUUACGUGUGGUAUGCCAACAACGGCACUAACCAAUCUUCCGCCAAUGCUUUGACAACCGCUUGGGUAGGUCCCAGCAUUACGCCCCUCACAAACGUCAAUUCCGCCUUCCGCAGCUAUGAAGUCGAUACCGGGGAUUGGAAUGUGUAUGAAGCGUAUACCUUUUACUCUGACGUGGAGUUGUUUUCUGGUCUCAACUCCACAGGUCCUACCUUCAAAUUCGAAUACAAUACUAGAGAUGCUUAUGGGCCUAGUAUCGAGUGGCCUGCUGAGGCACCUCUGAAUGCAACGUUUUGGCAUCAGGUCUCGGAGCAGAUUGCUAAGAAUACGACACUGGCUAGCACGUUUAAUACUUAUCAAGGCAAGAGCAGUGUCAAGAGUCCCAACUGCACGAAUAUUGCUUGUGCGCAGGCUAAAGCAUGCUAUAUGCGUAGUGGUAGUGUAGCAUUAGGUCAACAGUGUCCUCAAGGGUAA